CUAGCUCUCAACCACCUUUGAGUGACACAUCAUUGACCACCUUCCUUGUCCGGAGCUGCUGGCCGCGCCAGCCUGUCUAGCCGGCCUAUAUGGAGGAGAAGGAGCCGAAUGAGCCCGCCGCUGGUGAAUCUGCGGAGGAGAAAGCAAAGGCUGCACCCAAAGCUGAAGCAAAGGCCAAGCCUGAAGCAAAAGCAGCUGCAAAUAAAAGUCCAGAAGCCAUCGAAAGAGAUGAGCGCCUAGAAGCGAAUUUCAAGAAGUAUGAGCACCUUACAGAUGAGGAGCUCAAAGAGACCCUGCCGAAGAAGGCCGAUGGGGGCUUUACUUCCAUAGGUGCCAUGCUGCAUGCCAGCGGACUUUGUGCCACUUGCAUUUUUCAUCAUUCGCCCAAAGGCUGCUACAAUGCCAUCAAGUGUAGGUUCUGCCAUCACGACCACACAAAGCCCAGCAGAGCGAAAAGUAGAAAGAAGAAGAAGACCGAAGAUGAUGGUGAAGCAAAGGAGGAGGGUGGCAAGCAAAAGAAAAUGCGAGAAGGAGGAGGCGAUUCUGAAUUUGCCAAGAGGAGAAGGAAUGGCAUUCCAGCUCCAGGCAGUCCAGAACUUGACGAGCUUGGCAACAGCAAACCAUGCUGGAUUGCGUCCGGUGAGGAAAGCUAUCCCUAUCGGAUCUCGCGCCCACCGCCCUAUGCAGGCGUGGACCCUUAUGCCUGGCGCCCUCCCAGCAGGGAUAUGCUUCCACCUCGUGAUUACUAUUCAUAA